AUGAAGAUCUUCCUCCUUGUUAUUUUUGCAGCCUCGUCUGUCACAGGAUUACCUUCCAAAGAAUCCGCGAUUUACACUAAUGGAACUUCUUGUCCAGGAGAAUUUUUCUAUAGUGAAUGUCACUCUUGUCUUUGUUUGGAUGAUGGAAAAUCUGCUCGGUGUUCUUACGGGUCGUGUGAAAGUCUCAGAAGCUCGUGUAAAACGGAAUAUCCCAGAAAUAAAGGUCAACAUGGUUUCCGGAAUAGGGGAAAACGACGGAAUACCCGAAGAAGUGAUGAAAGUGUUGCUGAUCCAGGAAGAACUCUGCCGAGUGUGUAUGGACACUACAUUGAAGGAUCAAGUCGAUUUCGGCAAUGUUCUUUAUUUCAUAAGUUAUGGAACGGUGUUUUGGAUAAAUGA